GUUGUUCAGUAAACGAACGAUACUCAAAUACGACGCACGCUUUGCUCUUGUUCAAGCUAGUUGUUGUUGUUCUUGUUGUUGUUGUUAUUGUUUCUUGUUAUUAUUGUUAGUACAAUAACUAUUAUUUAUAUUUGAUUAUUGAACGUAUUUGGUUUCGGUUUCGAUUUCGAUUCAUUUAUCGAGAUGUCGCAGCGCAAAUACAAGAAUCCCGUUAACAAUCAUUUCAUCUAUAACGAUGAUAUACGCAAGAGCACAUGCAAAAUUUGCUAUUUCGAUAUGGCCGGUCGCCAUUCGGAGAACCUGAUGCGACAUCUGAAGCGCAAGCACCCGGCCACGUACGGCGAGGUGAUGAUCGAAAGGCAGCGACGUCGAUCCGCCAAUCCGCCGCAUCAAACCGGUUCAAAAGCAGCAACCGAUUCGACAACAGCAACAGCAACGUCAACGACGACGGCGGCGACGUCGACGUCGACUUCCACAGCAGCAGCAGCCGGUGGUCCGUUGUCAUCCAUGUUCAAAUUCGAAACGGAACCGCAUAAAUUGUUCAUCAAAUCAGAAAAAUUGACAUUCCGACUUGAUGAACCUGGCCAACAACCGCAACAGAUGCCCAUGUCGGAGACCUGUUCCAAUGGCUUCGAUGACGACGAAGACGAGGACGCCGAGGAUCCAACGCCCAAUGGACAAUUCGAGAGCGUUUUUCUGGCCAAAACUGAGCUGCGCGACAGUCACUUGAACGAUUCCUGCGAAUCGAUCACAUAUCAGGACAGUCAUGCCGAUGAGAAUGCCUUCAUCAUCACCAAUUUAACGCAACACAGUUCCGAGACCCCGGCAAAUACUUCCUCCUCAUCGAACACAAGUGCGCUUCCCAUGCCCAACCCGAACUCAUCGGUAUCCUCGACGGCGACUGCAACGACAACGGUGCCGAAUUGUGGAGCGAUUGCAGCGAGUUGUUCCAAUCCGGAUGAUGCAUUUUUCCUACAAUAUCUGGGCAAUAAGUUUGGCAAAUAUUCCGAGAAUACCCGCAAUACGGUGCAGUUUCAUAUUAAUCGCAUACUCUAUAAGGCGGACAUGGGAUGCUAUGAAAAUGGCGAUGUAUCCAAGUUGUCCGAUGCGAAUAUUUAA